UCUGAGCACAGCUCCCCCGGUGAGAGAAGGUGCUGUUAGUGCGCAUGCUCCCCUCACGGGGGUCUCCCGGCAAGUUUUGAAUCCAGUUUCUCAACGGGACCGCCUCGCGCAUGCGUUUAUACCGCACUGGGUUCUCUCCCAGCAGGAGCAAGAGGCUUCACGAGCCGGAAGUUGCUCGGCUUUAUCAGUUCCCCUCCGCCCAGGCAGAAGCUCAAGCUCCGGGACAAAGGUUCCGGGGCUGUCCUGGCCUGCAGGUGGCCCAAUGGAGACCGAGGCUGAGGAUGGGCUGUGGAUCCGCCGCCCCUCGCUGGCCUCUUCCUGGGAUGCCACAGGCGGGGGCCUGGACCAGAGCCUCCUUGUCACCGGAGCUGGUGUCGGAGCGCAGGAAUUGGAGUGGGAUGAGCUGCUGGCGCCGCCUGCCCCAGGCCAGGAUCCGGUGAUUUUGGAAAGGAGCCGGAACAGCCCAGAGGAAACUCCCUGCUUCCUAUACCUGGGCUGUGACCCUGAGGGAGGUGAAGAAAUGGUUUCUGUUGGCAUUUUAAGUUCGGCGAGAAAUAUGGAGGUGUAUGUAGGAGAGGAGUACAGUGGAACCAGUCGGGGCAAGACUGUUCGUGAUGUUCUGGAGAAGAGUGAACCUGAAAUUAUUUUCUAUAAAAAGUACUUAAAAUUGGAGUCUCCCAGUCUUGCUUGUAAAAUCAAGUUGCUCUCCUUUGGUGAAAAGCAGCGUGUGUUCAUCAGCAAAGUCGUAGUGCACGUGAGACCGGCCUCAGCACGUCCUUCCGCACGCUCUCCCGUGGUGGCCGCAGGGGUGGACCUGCAGCGGGUCCAGACCAUCGUGCGCUCCAUGGGGUCCACGCUGUCGCCUGGGGCUCAGCAGCUGAUGAGCAUGGUCAGCUUCCAGCAGCAGAAUUGCGUUUCCAUCGGAGAGCAGCUCCAGUCGGUUUUGGGAAAGACUGUGCUCACUCGAGUGAUGGGCCUGCAGGCGUCGUCCCCGUCGGCAGUCUGGGACAGGUCACCCUCCACACCUUGUCCUUUCAGAGCUGGGCUGAGUCCUGGCCACGUGACUGGCGACUCAGAAGCUCACACUGACAGAAGGACCCGGGCACCCGCUGGAGGGAACAGGACAAACCUCGGAGAGUGUCCAGUCAUGCCAGCAAACUGUUCUCUUCCUGGCGGUGACCUUACAAACGCGGUGUCUUCUUUCCUACCGAAGAAAGCAAGUGACCACUCAGGUACACCGGACUCUGAGCUGCUGCCUCUUCUGCAGAAUCUGUGCGGUCAAGUUAAUGGGCUCCGUGUGGGCCAUAAGGCAGGGCGGCCGGGCACCAUCGCCAAGCCCAGUGACGGCAUCACUGGUGUGGGAAUGGGCGAGCAGCCUGUUUGCGCCUACUUGGAAAAGAUUCUUUCUAAAAAUGUGGACCUGAUGGAAAAGAAACUCAUGGACCACAUUGACCAGCGGAUCCGUGCCCUCCAGGAGCACGUGGAUGAGAAGAUCGCUUCGCUGGUGGACUUGCUGCAGAAUCCCCGCUCCCCACCCACCUCCCCACCCACCACCGGGACGCCUCUGCAGCACUGCGACUCCGAUUCUGGGGAAGGGCUUUCAAACGGAGAAAGAUGAGUGCUCCCCAUGCACAGCGGACUGCAGACUUUUACCACAUAUUUAUUACAGAGCGCAACCCAAACAGCUCAGAGCAAGUAUCUGAUGUCAUCUCAGGUUUAUCAUCUUACUUAUGUAAGUGACCUGGAGGCUCAUUUGAACUGAACUUCUUGUAAAUCCGGAACUGUGCACUAUGAGUGAACCUGAUUGGGCCGUAAGUUAUAUUUUAAAUAUAUUUUAUUGAUUAUUCUAUUACAGUUGUCCCAUUCACCCCACUCCUCUUCCCUGUCGAUAACCCUCCAUGUGAUCUCCAUUUUUGUGAUGCUGUUCCUGUUCUAGUUGUUUGCUUAGUUUGUUUUUGUUUUUGUUUUAAGUUCAGUUGUUGAUAAUUGUGAGUUUCUUGUCAUUUUACUGUUCAUAUUUCUUAUCUUCUUUUUUUAGAUAAGUCCCUUUAACACUUCAUAUAAUAAGGGCUUGGUGAGGAUGAACUCCUUCAACUUGACCUUAUCUAAGAAGCACAUUAUCUGCCCUUCCAUUCUAAAUGAAAGCUUUGCUGUUUGGAGUAAUCUUUGUUGUAGGUCCUUGCAUUUCAUGACUUGGAAUACUUUUUUCCAAUUACUUCUUGCCUGUAAGGUUUCUUUGGAGAAAUCAGCUGAUAGUCUGAUGGGAACUCCUUUAUAGGUAACUGUCUCCUUUUCUGCUGCUUUUAAGAUUUUCUCCUUAUCUUUAAUCUUGGGUAAUAUGAUUAUGAUGUGCCUUGGCAUGUGCUUUCUUGGGUCCAACUUCUUUGGGACUCUCUGGGCUUCCUGGACUUCCUGGACUUCCUGAAAAUCUUACUUCCUUUGCCAGACUGGGGAAGUUCUCCUUCAUUAUGUUUUCAAAUAAGUUUUCAAUUUCUUACUCUUCCUCUUCUCCUUCCUCUAAGGUUGGAAUGUUGGAAUGUUUAGAGUUGUCCCAGAGGUUCCUAAGCCUCUCCUUAUGUUUUCGAAUACCUGUUUCUUCCUCCUGCUCUGGUUGAAUGUUCAUUUCUUCCUUCUCUAAACCGUUGAUUUGAAUCCCAGUUUCUUUUCCAUCACUAUUGGUUCCCUGUACGUUUUCCUUUAUUUCACUUUUCACAGCCUUCACUUUUUCCACUGUUUUGCAACCAUACUCAACCAUUUCUGUGAGCAUCCUGAUUACCAGUAUUUUGAACUGUGCAUCUGAUAGGCUGGCUUUCUCUUCAUCACUUAGUUGUAUUUUUUCUGGAGCUUCGAUCUGUUCUUUCAUUUGGGCCAUACUUUUUUUGCUGCACCUGUUACUUAGUAAGGGGCAGGGCCUUAGGAAUUCACGAGGGUGGGGCAACCCACGUAGCUGCGUUGUGGUGCUGUAUGUGGGGGAGGAGUAAGAGAGGGAACAGUGGCACUUGCUCAGAUCUCAGCCAACUCUCAGUUACUUUCCCCACUACCCACAAGCUAAUUAGACCCUUCUGGUGCUGAUUCCUGUGUGGGUGAGCUUCUACGACUCUGUGGGUCUCUCCAGCAAACUCUCCUGUAAGUCUGGGAGUUUCUCGUGCAUCCUGAACCCCCACAGGUUUUUUCAGUUAGAGGUUUUGAGGAUUUAUUUCCCAGCGCUGGAAGCCUGGGUUACGUGGUCUGUCUCACUCCCCAGUUGUUCCUCCCAGUUUAUCUGCACGGAAGUGUGGGACUGCCUGCUCCGCCAGCUGCCGCCUCGCCAGCCCCAGUCCUCUAGCCACCACCUUGCCGUGAGUCCUCUCUGUCCCGGCUGCCUGCUCCACCCCUCCUACCAGUCUGGAUGAAUGUCUCCUCUUUAACUCCUUGGGUGUCAGACAUCCAUGCACCUCAAUUUUCUGUCACUUCUGGUUGUUGUUUGUUUUUAGAUUUGUUACUGUCUUUCUUUGGUUGUGUGCAAGGAGGCAGAGUGUAUCUACCUGUGCCUCCAUCUUGGCUGGAAGUCCCAGGUCAUAAGUUAUUUUGUUUGCAAAUGGUUUACUCUUACAGAAAUGUAUGCAUACUUCUGUGUUGUUUAAGUGUUUAAUUUUUUUAAGGAUUUCUAAAGCAAUGUGUUUGAUAGAAGUAUGUUUUAUUUAUAAAAAACCUUACUUCAUAGGACUGGAAGUAUGAAAAAUAAUGCUCGGAGUAUUUGAUAAUUUUUUUUCCUAAUUGUGCUCGAAAAAUUGGAUACUGAAGACUUGGAACCUUUAACAUUAAGGUUUGUGCCGUUCAUCUGGGAUAGUAAGACGCGGUGUUUGGCACCUCCGCACACACACCGGGACGCUGCAGUGUUUGCCUCAGCAACGUGCAGCAGGAGACAGGAAAGAAGUGUCAGACCCAGCCUGCUGCUUGCGAGGAUCCUAACUUUAGAUUUACUGUUGAAUGUAAAGCAAGGGAAGUUGCCUCGUUUUGUGUCAGUCAACCCAGAAAGCGUAAGGAGCUCUCCUUUCCCGAGCCGAUCGAUGCAGUUGCUCGCUCCCGAGCCCUGUCCGGGGACGCAGCCGCACGGAGGGGUGAGGCACGUGACCCGGGGAGGCGGCCAUCGCUGUGGGCUUAAUUUUCAGAAACUGUAACUAUUGCCUGGGUGCCAAAGGGUGAUGUGUUUGUACCUAAAAAGUAAAUAUGUCCAUUUUGGAUACUACUUAGCUUAAGUUAAUAGAAUUGCCUUAUUUCCAGUGACCCUUUCUUAUUUGUGUACACCUUACUCAGUUUUGUGAUACUGCACAGGAACACGGAACACAGGACGCAUUGCUACCACAGCCAGUGAGGGUUUGCACGUUCCUUUUUCUAGUCUUUUCUAGUUUGUGGGACAUUCACAGCAUUUAUAGCUACAAGAUUGUAUUUCCGUCCUGGCUGGUGUGGCUCAGUGGGUUGAGUGCCGACCUGUGAACCAAAGGGUCGCUAGUUUGAUUCCCAGUCAGGGCACAUGUGUGGGUUGCAGGCUGGGUCCCCGGUUGGGGGCGCGUGAGUGUCAACCACACAUUGAUGUUUCUCUCCCUUUCUCCCCCUUUCCCCUCGCUCUAUAAAUAAAUAAAUAAAAUCUUUAAAGUAAAUAAACACUUUAACAACUA